AUGCAGUCUGUUAUCUGGCCGACGGACACACUGCGCCCGGGGGCGACGGGCGGCAGCAAGCCUGCGACCGAGUGGCUCAAGCUCCUGGUGGACGCGAACAAUUCAAACGCCCCCGCAGUCACGCUGCGCCUGUACACCCCUGACAGCCCCGACGGCAAGGAACUGGCGGUGGACGCGAGUGGGUUCGCUCCCAUGUUCAUCAUCAAGCCGCCGCCGAAAAACCGCACCUACUGGCUGUCGUUCGACCGGCGGCGCUGUGCACUCCGCUAUGGGCGGGGGUAUCACAUGGAGGAGACGGUCGAGAAGACGUGGACGCUGGACCUGGAGUCAAACGACAGCAGGGGCCUGUCUGCAGGGGACAAGGCGGCCCUCCAGAAGCUAUUUGGACGCACUGUGAAGAUGGGCUACCUGAAGAUCACCGGCGCCACGCCCGGUAUGGGCGAGGACCGCCAAGGCGGCCUCCAAGACGCCGUCGACACCGUCGAGUUCGACCCCCUGCCGCUGGUCUCGGACCUCCCGAUCAAGGUGCUCGACUCGUCCAAGGUUACGCUGGCGGCCCUGGACGCGCCCAAGGAGGAGCGGUAUAUGUUUAGCGCGGACCUGCCGGCGGCAUGCAAAGUGCUCUACGAUAACGUGGCAGCAGGCAGCACCCCUACCUCGUGGGCACUGCAGCUGUGCAUCGGCGUUCAGCUGCACCUGCUACUCACGGCCGUGUGCGCCGUAGGGGCGGAUGUGGUGCUGGAUGAGAAGCUGGCGAAGGCCAUCAGCCACAGCAUUGACAAGGACUUUGGCUACCUGCGGAUUACGCUGGGGCCAGAAGGCGGGGACGGCCCGGGCAUCCCAUAUGUCCUCGAGAUUUGGCCGGGCGGCAGCAGAUCGCCCAUCCACAACCACGGGGGCGUGUGCGCCGUCAUCAAGGUGCUCCGCGGCAGCAUCGAGGUGGCGCUGCACAACAAGAUCGAGUUCAUGGUGCCGGAGCCGGGGAAAGAGGACACCAGCCGCCAUCCCAAUGCGCAGCUAGAGGAGCUCAAGCUCGAACCCCUGAAGGUGGCAACCUUGGUCAAGGGUGACGUCACCUGGAUGGACAAGAACUGGUUCCAGUGCCACCGGCUGCACAACACAAGCGACCAGCGUGGGGACUUCUGCGCCACCAUCCAGUGCUACAAAUAUGACGACGAGGACAGGGUCCGCUGGCCGGGCUUUGACUUCCUGUCACAGGACCGCGGGAUCGGCUUCUUCGAUCCAGAGAGCGACAUGAGCUACUCUGAGAUGCGCAAGAAAGUCCUGGAGGAGUACAAGAACGGGUCAAAGGACACGCCAACCUCGGAGUGA